AUGGCUGAGAAGUGGAAGGGGUCUGGAUACUUCCUGAAUGCUCUGGACGAUGAAACUCUGAGAGAUAACCGCAUAGAGCUGGUGAGGGCGUCGUGGUCAGAGCUGACCAUUAGUAUCAGUGAGAUCACACUGGCUGACGAGGGGAUGUACACCUGUUCUCUAUUCACCAUGCCUGUGAAGACCGCCAAGGCCUACCUUACUGUACUGGGAGUACCAGAGAAGCCAGAGAUAGACGGUUUGACCAAGCCUGCCCUGGAAGGAGAUGAGAUCACUCUGACCUGUAUGACCCACGGCUCCAAGCCUGCUGCCAACCUCCGCUGGUUCAGGAAUGAGAAGGAGAUCAAAGGUGCCAAGGAGGUGAAUGCCAGCGGAAAGACCUUCACAGUGACCAGUUCUCUACAGCUGCUCGUUGACAGGGACGAUGAUGGGGCAGCGUACACCUGUAAAGUAGACCACGUCGCCCUGUUACAGACACCACAACAGACUACUGAAGUAUUGGAGGUGCACUAUGCUCCUCGAGUGUUGAUCACCCAGUCGUUGGCGUUCCCUCAGGAGGGUCAGUACCUGAAGCUGGAGUGUGUCUCCAAGGGAAACCCAUCGCCAGACCCUGUGUUGUGGACUAAGGAUGGAGGAGAGCUACCAGACCUGGAGAGAAUGAUCGUACAGGGAAGAGAACUCACCUUUUCCGCCCUUAACAAGACAGACAAUGGCACCUACCGCUGUGUGGCCUCCAACCACCUAGGCACCAGCAGUGCAGAAUACAUACUCUACGUCUACGAUCCCAACGCCAUGGGGCAGCGCGGACCAGAUCAUGCUCUGAUUGGUGGAGUGGUGGCGGUGGUGGUCUUCAUUACCUUGUGUCUCAUCAUCUUUUUGGGCCGCUACCUAGCCAGGCAUAAAGGAACGUACCUGACCAACGAGGCCAAAGGAGCGGACGAUGCACCGGAUGCUGAUACAGCUAUCAUCAACGCAGAGGGCAACACACAUGCUGAGGGGAAGAAGGAGUACUUUAUCUAGACUGUAGGGGGCGCUGAUCCGCUGCCCCAAAACGUGCUGCCCCCUCUUUCUCUCUCUAUCUCCUUAUCUCUCUAGCUAUCUCUUUCUCUUCACCUCUGUCUCACUGUCUCUCUCUUCACCGAUCUAUCUCUCUCUCUCUCUCUCUCUUCAUCUCUCGCUCUUUCUCUACACCUCUCUCUUUCUCUACGCCUCUCUCUCUUCACCUAUAUCUCUUUCUCUUCAUCUCUCUCUCUCAUCACCUCUCUCUCUGUCUCUCUCUCACCACCUCUCUCUCUGUGUCUCUCUCUCCACCUCUCUCCAUCUCUCUCUCUCCACCUCGGUCUCUCUCUCUCUCUCUCUCUCUCCACCUCUCUCUCUCUCUCUCACCACUUCUCUCUCUAUCUCUCUCUCCAUCUCUCUCUCCACCUAUCUCUCUCUCUCCACCUCCAUCUCUCUCUCUCUCUCUCUCUCUCUCUCUCUCUCUCUCUCUCUCACCACCUCUCUCUCUGUCUCUCUCUCUCCAUCUCUCUCUCCACCUAUCUUUCUCUCUCCACCUCCAUCUCUCUCUCUCUCUCUCUCUCUCCACCUCUGUCUCUCUUCAUCUCUCUCUCUCUCCACCUCUCUCCAUCUCUCUCUCCACCUAUCUUUCUCUCUCCACCUCCAUCUCUCUCUCUCUCUCCACCUCUCUCUCUCCAUCUGUCUCUCUCCAUCUCUCUCUCUCUCUCUCUCUUCACCUAUAUCUCUUUCUCUUCAUCUCUCUCUCUCUCCACCUCUCUCUCUCUAUAUUUCUUUCUCCACUGCCCCUGCUGCCUCACUGAGGGAACCCCCUGGGCAGUAUGCAGAGAGGAAACACUCCUUCUUUUUCCCAUCAUCCCCCUCUCCUGCUGGCCUUUUUGUUCUAUUUUGUUAUCAUUCCAUCCUUCACGUCUUUUUGUCCAACCGCCCUGGUUGACGUUGCCGGCUAUCAUUUUUAAAGGCCGUCUGGGGAUGUUGCCUUUUUAUUUCUGAUGGUGUUUUAUCUGCUAAAUAAAAGCCUGAGAAUCUGCAUAUCCACGAGACCACGCCCACCUCUUUAUUAAAACCACCUAACUGGAUCCCUCAAAAACCACCCGGUCCACAACACACACCCUCCCGGUCCACAACACACACACACUCCCGGUCCACAACACACAUCCUCCCGGUCCACAACACACACACACACACACUCCCGGUCCACAACACACACCAUCCCGGUCCACAACACACACACACACUCCCGGUCCACAACACACAUCCUCCCGGUCCACAACACACACACACACACUCCCGGUCCACAACACACACCCGGUCCACAACACACACACACACACACACACUCCCGGUCCACAACACACACCCGGUCCACAACACACACACACACACACACUCCCGGUCCACAACACACACACACACUCCCGGUCCACAACACACACCCUCCCGGUCCACAACACACACACACACUCCCGGUCCACAACACACACACACACUCCCGGUCCACAACACACACCCUCCCGGUCCACAACACACACACACACACACACACACACACUCCCGGUCCACAACACACACACACACACACCCGGUCCACAACACACACACACACACACUCCCGGUCCACAACACACACACACUCACUCCCUGUCCACAACACACACACACACACACACUCCCUGUCCACAACACACACAGACACUCCAUGUCCACAACACCACACACACUCCCUGUCCACAACACACACACACACUCCCUGUCCACAACACACACACUCCCUGUCCACAACACACACACUCCCUGUCCACAACACUGUUGGUUACAUGGUGCCUAAAUAUAAGGCUUUCAUUUCAUUUAUAACUACUUAAUGUCAUUCAUCUACACUGAUGAUGACAGACACCUGUUAUAACUACUCAAUGUCUGUUAUAACUACUUAAUGUCAUUCAUCUACACUGAUGGUGACAGAACCCUGUUAUAACUACUCAAUGUCUGUUAUAACUACUUAAUGUCAUUCAUCUACACUGAUGGUGACAGAACCCUGUUAUAACUACUCAAUGUCUGUUAUAACUACUUAAUGUCAUUCAUCUACACUGAUGGUGACAGAACCCUGUUAUAACUACUUAAUGUCAUUCAUCUACACUGAUGGUGACAGAACCCUGUUAUAACUACUCAAUGUCUGUUAUAACUACUUAAUGUCAUUCAUCUACACUGAUGGUGACAGAACCCUGUUAUAACUACUUAAUGUCAUUCAUCUACACUGAUGGUGACAGAACCCUGUUAUAACUACUUAAUGUCAUUCAUCUCCACUUCCCCUUCACUGUCCCCUUCCCCUUCUCUCCCCUUUACUGUCCCCUUCACUGUCCUCUUCCACUGUCCCCUUCUCUCUCCCCUUUACUGUCCCCUUCACUGUCCUCUUCACUGUCCCCUUCUCUCUCCCCUUUACUGUACUCUUCACUGUCCCCUUCCCCUGUCCUUUUCACUUGACCCCUUCACUGUCCCCUUCACUGUCCUCUUCACUGUCCUCUUCACUGUCCUCUUCUCUCUCCCCUUCACUGUCCUCUUCUCUCUCCCCUUCACUGUCCUCUUCACUGUCCCCUUCUCUCUCCCCUUCACUGUCCCCUUCACUGUCCCCUUCUCUCUCCCCUUCACUGUCCUCUUCCACUGUACCCUUCCCCUGUCCUCUUCACUUGUCCCCUUCACUGUCCCCUUCUCUCUCCCCUUCACUGUCCCCUUCACUGUCCUCUUCACUGUCCCCUUCUCUCUCCCCUUCACUGUCCACUUCACUGUCCUCUUCCACUGUCCUCUUCUCUCUCCCCUUCACUGUCCCCUUCACUGUCCUCUUCCACUGUCCCCUUCACUGUCCUCUUCACUGUCCCCUUCUCUCUCCCCUUCACUGUCCCCUUCACUGUCCUCUUCACUGUCCCCUUCUCUCUCCCCUUCACUGUCCUCUUCACUGUCCCCUUCUCUCUCCCCUUCACUGUCCCUUUCUCUCUCCCCUUCACUGUCCCCUUCUCUCUCCCCUUCACUGUCCCCUUCACUGUCCCCUUCUCUCUCCCCUUCACUGUCCCCUUCUCUCUCCCCUUCACUGUCCCCUUCACUGUCCUCUUCCACUGUCCUCUUCUCUCUCCCCUUCACUGUCCCCUUCACUGUCCCCUUCACUGUCCUCUUCACUGUCCUCUUCACUGUCCCCUUCUCUCUCCCCUUCACUGUCCCCUUCACUGUCUCCUUCACGGUCCUCUUCACUGUCCCCUUCUCUCUCCCCUUCACUCUCCCCUUCUCUCUCCCCUUCACUGUCCCCUUCACUGUCCUCUUCACUGUCCCCUUCACUGUCCCCUUCACUGUCCCCUUCACUGUCCCCUUCUCUCUCCCCUUCACUGUCCCGUUCUCUCUCCCCUUCACUGUCCCCUUCACUGUCCUCUUCACUGUCCCCUUCUCUCUCCCCUUCACUGUCCUCUUCCACUGUACCCUGACUAAAAUUGUAUUCAAGAGAAUUAUAGACUUGGAAACAGGAGAAGUUGCGCCCUGUACGGCACGAAAUGACAAAGGUUGUACAACACCCACUGUACUCAGGAGAAGAUGCCCCGUUGUACGAUAUAAUAGACAGAGGUUUUGUGUUGUGAGAUAUGAUAUCUGUGUACUUUGUUCAUCAUGUUUCCAUUAUGGGGGUCUUUAAAAACCACUGAUCCUUAAAAUGACACUCGGUAUAAUUCCGAAUACCAAAAAUGUACGAAAUCGAUGCAGGGGCGAAGGUUUAUAUCAAAUGAAACAACAAUCAAUUAAAUGUCUUGCUUUUUAUUAUACACAAUCAUGAUUAAUAAUUAUGCUGAUUAAUUCCUGCUGUCUGUGUAUCCAUGAUGUAUCUGUCUGUAUGUUCCUGCUCAGAAGCCCCGCUUCACAGUGUCACCACGGCAACAGUUUCUACAGCACCAUCGGUUGCCAUGGGGAUCGAGAACCACACCAUAUGUUGGGUUGUAGAGUUGUGUUGUGUUGUGUGGAUAUUAGAAGUUGAACAAUUUUAUUGUUCUUUUAUUUAUUUUUGAAACUUUUUAAUAUAUUUUAAGAGUUUAUUUUAUAUUUAUUUUACAACCCUAGUUGAAAUAAGAGCAGAGAAAUUGGCUUUCCCUAAUUAAACCCUGAUAAGAUAAAACGUAUGGUUUAUUCAACAUAAUAACAGACCAGUCAGUGUUCUUAUUUACAAACAGUAUCAUUUGUCUUUUGUCUUAAGCUUUGUUAAUACGCUUCUAAGCCCCUCUCCUUGUGCAUACGGCUGUAUACUGCAUCUGCUACAUGUGGUAAAUAGUGAAAAAUGUUGUUCGAUUUUGGGAUCCCUUAUACCUUUCAGAUGUGUUCAUUAGCCAAUUGAUCUAUUUUUAAAGGAGUUUCCACCACUGUUAUCUAAGUGAUACACUUGUUUUUUUGCAGGGCGUUAGCACAUGGCAAUGUAUAUACUGUGUAAGUACGGAAUCUUUGGUAAUACAUGUUUGUUUGUUUUCAUUUUCCAGAUCUCAUCUUUAAUUUUUGGAUUUAAAAAAAAAAUGUUGAGGAGGCCAGUGGUUUGUCGUAGUGUUGGUGACAUGCAGAUCAGAAAGGUUUAGAGAAGAUUGGUAGAUUUUGAUGAGUGUCAGGGAGUCUAUGGGUACAGAUUGUUAGCUAGCGUAUUUGCUUUCUCUCUUGGCUAACUGCUGAGCUAACGUCAUUAGCUAGCAUCCAACAUUACACUUUGUUAGCUUUUUCUUUAGUUGGCUGUGUUAGCUAGCUGACUAGAGAUAAAUAGAGGACUCGU